AUGAAGCUUGAUGUUUUUGAACUUGGUUACACAGAUGCUUUAAAAGCUUACAACCUUCUCAAAGAUCAACUAACAAAUGAUCAAAAUUUGCAAUUACUUUUCAUAAAAUCGAUUGAUCGUAUGUCAGAAUCACUUUCAAAAUUAGGUGUUUUUCCACGCGCUAUUUCUAUUAUAGAUUCUUUUCUCAACAAUCCUUCAUACAAGAAUAUUCUUUCAAUGCAACUUCGUCAGCAACUGCUCAGAAAAAAAGAUGACUAUCAAACUCAAUUAAAUUCAAAGCUAGCACUCAAUACAAUGUUUAUUUUGGAAUCUUUAAAACAUAUUCCAAAUCCUAAUGAAAUCAUUAGAAGAAUCAUGGAUAUGGGAAUGUCAAAAUAUAAUUAUCCAUGGGAUAGAGAAAGAUUGGAAAGCCGCGGGAAUGCAGUGAAUAUUGAAAAAUUACAACGAGAAUUAGAUAUUAUUUCAUCUAAAAGCGUAAACAUCUCACCAUUGAAUCUGGAUGAACAGAGUACUA